AGUGUGUCAGUUAUGAAAGAAAGACUGCUAUGCUUCGUAAGGGGGCAACAGUGGGCCUCUUGUGUGCAAGUGUUGCUUUACCUCCACUGUUCAUUUGAUAAGCUGCUGCUGAAUUGCACUAAUCCUUAAAAAACCUUCACUGACCGAAGUACCUCAAGUGUGAAGGGAGAACUCAUGCUUUGAAGAGUAGUUUCUUCUAGUGUUUGAUUUAUUUUUGUUGUUUGUUAGGAGUCUGCUUAAGUUUACACUAAAAUGACUUCAACCCUGAGUAGAGCGUACCAUAUCACCGCAUUCAGCUGGUAUGCUUUCAUUGUUAAGAGUCUCGCGGAUAAGGAUGGAGAGGAGUUACCACCGGGAAUCUUUGUUUAUGGAGGACCUUGGAAGUACCUGACUUUUUUGAAUUUGGUAUUACAAAUGUCAUUCUUUGGCCUGGCUACAGUGAGUGAUCUGCAGCCCAAGGAAAAGUCCGGGAGUACCCUGAACAGAUGUAAAGACCUUCUCUUCUCUGUCUUUGCCUUCCCUGUGGGCAUGUUUGUUGUUCUGCUUUUCUGGAUUAUCUUUGCCUAUGACAGAGAAUUAGUCUACCCAGCAACCAUUGACACCUUUUUCCCACCCUGGAUAAACCAUGCUAUGCAUACGUUUGUCCUUCCUGUUUUACUUGGGGAAGUGCUGGUGCAGCCUCACAUCUACCCACAGACCAAACACGCACUGGCAGCAUUAGGGGUUGUAGGCUUCUCUUAUUUAUUCUGGAUUAUAUGGGUGUACUUGUCAGUUGGGAUUUGGGUGUAUCCCCUUCUUGGACAUUUCAGCACUGCUGGUCUGAUGGGCUUCUUCUUUUUCAACAUGUCAGUGGUGACCUUGCUCUAUGUGCUAGGGGACAAGCUCAACAGCCAUGUCUGGAGUAAGAGACAUUUAGUGAGUUUACAGCUGGAGACAAACAAAAGAUCACAUGUUCACUCUCUUUCUGUCUUCUUCUCUCUACCUUUUUGUCUCCUUUAGGCACGAACAGAAAGACGAACAAAGCCUAGUGACCCUCUCUGCCCCUUAAGGCAAGACUUUUGCAAAAGAGCAAACACAUUCUUCCUCUUAAAAGGAAGUAGGGAAAGGAAGUAAAAUGCAGCAUCCCUCAAGCAAAUGCAUACGGAGGUUUUGGUGCUACAGCCUUUGUUGUUUUGCUAUGGCUUAUGGUGAUUAAUGUUAGCUGAAGUUAGCCAAUCUGAGGUAUACAUUGUUGUUUCAUGCACAUUACUGAUUUUCUUUCUUCACUGACCAUAUGACUCAGUCCACAUGCUACUUUAGCUCAGCAUUUAAAGUAAAUCUCACUUUAAAGGUUUAAUUGCUUUCUGCAACCUACUGAAAAUGCGCAUUACAGCUUAAUUGAGCAACAAGUAUACCUCUGAUGUAAAUGUUAAAGUUUAGUUUUACAGCUCAACAAGGGGUAUUUAACAUUGCACAACAUUUGAAUAACACAGUUUCUACAUCAAAGCAAGUCUAAUAAUGCAAAUACCUCUGAUAUUUUCCUCUUUCUAUAUUUUCAUUUUAUGCAUUUCCAAACUUAAAAAGAUAAGGAUGUUAAAUGUAAUAUAUCAGAGGUUGCUUUUUUCACAUUUUCAGAGAUUUAAAAUAUAUAUACAGUGGGGCAAUAAAUAUAGCAGUCAGAAUCCAAAAUCAAAAUGUUCACAUCCAUAUCAAGCACCACAGUGCUCAACUGCCAAUAUCAUCUUUGACCUGAAUAAAGUGCACAUUUUUCCAU